AUGUUGUUAUUGUUUACUGUUACGGGCUUGUCCAGCUUGUCCAGUGCCAACCUGUCUUCCCAGCAGCAGCCCUACCACUUCGAAUACGAUGUCCCGCCGCAGCAGUCGACAAAGUACGAAGAAGAGCCACCAGAGGUCACUUUUCGAUCUCAACAGAAGCUGGAUGCCAUUAGGAAAGUUCAGCUGGGCAUUUGUCCCGCGAUAUCACUCAAGCAGUGCACUCGUUGUAGCUGCAUGUCUGCUCUCAGCAUUGGAGUUCGGUCGCCGGCCACCAGGUGGUGGGACCAGCACUGGGUGAAGUCGUGUUUGUGUGGAGGUCACUGGCGUAGCAGCAACUAG